GUGCCCGGAUGUUCUGCUGACGGACGGCCGUGUUUCGGCAAAAGCUGUUUCUUGGAACCAAGCUGCGACGCGACGACGCGUCAAGAGGUGGAGGAGCAUGAAAAUGCAAUCUAACUAUUUAUAUUACCGCCCGUCGGUUUGCUGCAAACGCCCACAUCUGCCGAACCGGCCAGGGCGAGUGGUGUGGUGCGGUGCGGUGACCGAGGGAGCACGGGCCGCUCACAUGGAUAAAGCUCGGAUGGGUGUCAUCGUGUCAGGCCUGCUGCUGGGGAUGUUGCAAAAGGUUGGCACGGCCGAGCCCCGACGCGCCGCCUCCCGCUUCUCGCAGUGAUCAGCAGCGAUGCGAGAACGACUCAGUUUAACGGGCAUACCAGUAACUAAUAGAGGGCAUACCAGUAAGCAAGUUAUUGGCUG